AUGGCCGCAUUACCGACACUCAUGCAGGCUUCGCUCUCUUCGAGCAUGAACGCUCUUGGUAUGGGCGAAGAGUAUGCCGCCAUGCAAGCUGACAAGGUCAUGCUGGAGAGACAUCUCGAAUACCUCAAGGACAGCCCCGGAAAGACCAUGAUCGAGUCUAUGGCGAGGUUUUUGGUUCUGCAUCAUCCGUCCGCCCCCCAAAUCUCGCCUUCGAAACAAGCAGAAUGGCUCCACUUCCCUGGAGGUCAUGUAUUCUCGGCGAAAGACGACAUUACCGUGGGCCAAUAUCUCACAGAGGGGGUCAACGAAGCUAUAGGUCAGCCUUUUGGAUCCGAAGCAGUGCUCCUGUGCAUCCUCACGCCCAAUACCAAAAUCACUCCGCAGUCGCUAAAGUUUCACCACAAAACCUUCGAGCUGGUCCAAAAGUCUUUGCCUGACUUAUAUCUGGCACCUGCUAGAUUGAUAGCUCUCCAAGUCGCAUGGACUUGGAACGUUGUGAAACCUAUCAUACCAUACCAUCAUACUCACGUCCCAUUCCAGCUCCCUUCUCACACAGCACCCAUCGGCGACGCGUUCUUGUUCAACUCGGAGGGUGAAAGAUUCACAUUCAGAUGGCAGAAAGAAGUCAUGCACCCCAGAGAUGACCUACACAUCUAUGUUUGGCAGCCUCAUCUCCGAAAGAGGCCUUGCAUUUACUACUCAGCGACUGUUAUUUUGCCGCCAACCACCAACAAGUCGCCUUUACAUCGCCGGUUAAUGAUGUUAGUUGAACCAACUUCGUUGCUAAAUCGGCUCGCGACUCACGGCAGACAUGCUUCUGGCGCCAGUCUCAAUACUUCGCACUGCUGGAAUGCCACUCAUGAAGUUUUCGAGCUAAUCAUAGAUCUAUUCUCCACGAUGGUUCUGGAUCUGAGCGAGUUCACAGUUGACCUACGAGACAAGAUCAACAACACCCUGUUUACUGGCAGAAACUGGCCAACCAGGAGCAAGAUACAGUAUCUCUUACACAUUGACGACUGUCGUAUCCGAGCCAUCGAGGAUAUCAUAGCCAGCGAGACUAUCUUGUACCGAUUGAAGAACGCUACCGACAACGCGCGCUUUUGCUGUCAAUCACAGCUUGAUAAUCAGAAUGUGAAAGAAGCCGUUCGCGAAGCACAGAUAGAUCUUCGUGCCUUGCGAGAAGAACUAUACAUGCACGAGAAAACAGUUUAUACUGCCAAGGGACAAAUCAUUGAGCAGAUGAGCCUCGCUCAAGGACAGAGAGUUCUGAUACUGACUGCUGCGGCUGCUCUGUUUAUUCCGAUGUCAUUCGUUGCGGCAAUCUUCGGCAUGAACGUGACCAUACCUUUAUUUCCCAAGAACGACACGCCAGGAGCAAGUGUCUCACCGUCGCCGAGCACCUCGAAUAUCGUGACCUCACAUCCAGUAUUCAUUACUGCACGUCAAGAGUCGUCAAGCAUAGCCGUGAACGCCGCGCCCGACACGGACCAGUAUCUAUGGCCCAUGACUACAUACUUCGAGAUUGCACUGCCCUUGACCGCCGGCACAAUUCUGAUCCCCAUUCUUAUUGGACCCAUGAUCCGCCUGCUGGUCCAAACUUCCGCUCACUACCGACCAUACUGGCGUAUCUGGCUGAUCAUGAUCAUACCAAUGUAUCUGGCCGGCAUCGCUACUCUGCCAUUGCUUCGGACAAAUGAAAUGUGUGAAGAGGAAUACCAAAGCCUCGAUGGUUCUGUCAGCCAUGACCCCGAUACGCAAAUCACUGUGGCUUACAAAUACGCACAAAUCGUCUACUGGUCUGUCGGAUACGGAGUCAUCUUUUUGCUAGCAGUCUAUCUCGUGGCGGUUGGAUAUUCUCGCAAACGACACCGGGUACGAUGGACCGGUUUGCUCGUAGUCGUGCUAGCGUGUGCGAUUGUCGAUCCGAUGGUGUUCUUCAAAUCAUCAUACUACUCCGUCUUCAGGACCAAUGCCCCGUGGGCUUUGAUCCCCUACCUGUACGCUAUUAUAUCUUGGCUAUCGCUCACCACUCGCGGUCUAAAUUUUGGACGUCGGCUGGGUCGCCUUUGGAGAAGGAUGAGACGAGGCAAGGAAGGAUCGAACAAUCGAUUUCGCGGCAAUCCUCUCAACUUUGCGGGACCUGGAGAGUAUGUAUAA